AUGACAAGGUUCAGGGGAGAUUGUGGAUUUCCAAAUCUACAUAAGUUUUUAACGCAUUUUCGAGGUGUCCGUUAUCAUCUUCAAGAUUUUAUUGGUCAAGUUCGUGACCCUGAAAAUACAAAAGAGUCGUUUAAUCUUCGUCAUACUUCCUUAAGGAACGUAAUUGAGAGGAUAUUUAGUAUAUUUAAAUCAAGAUUCACAAUUUUCAAAACAGCUCAUCCAUUUCCAUAUCGUACACAAGCGGAACUCGUAUUAGCUUGUAUAGGAUUUCACAAUUUUCUUCGUAAAGAGUAUCGUUUCAAUGAAUUUCCAAUUGAACUAGGUAAUGAAAAUUCUUUAUCUUCUUCGAUCAAUGAUGUGGAAGACUUUAUUUUUGAGAGUCAAGAACAAGAAAGAGAGAAUGCUAAGGCAUGGAGGGCUUCUAUAGCAACUGAUCUAUGGAAUGAUGUUGAGAAUGUUUGA